AUGUCCUUCACCGCGCAUGAUCCCAGACUGCUUUACAGCGUGGACAACAUACAGGCCUUCUACAUACAAGAUGGCGAGGAAAACGAGCUCACCCCGUCCGGUCCUCAGACCCUCUCCCUACUGAUGGUUCCGACCAAAACCACAUACCCUGCAUCGCAAAAUGCAGCCAGCUAUGCGUCAGAGAUAUCUGAAGAGGACUUUUAUCUCCAUUUACAGCUGCCUCCCGAGCUAGACAUGCCGCUACCGGCAACUACUCAGAUCUUCCACCAACAUCCCAACAGCUAUCUAAUUCCUCGCUGGGAUUUGGCCCCGGAGCAAGGCGCAUUCAUUCGCAUUCAGUUUCCCGAUGUUGGUCGGGGACCGAACACGGUGACGCAGGAGGAUAUUGAUACUUUUGAGAGUAUUCUUGCGCAGUGCACUGCGUUCAUGCCGCAUGCUUCACAGGUGGAGGGACAUGCAAAGUACAAUCCUGCCGAAUAUGCUCCUGGGGAGGGGUAUAUCUCAUCAUUGUCUGCUGAUGUCAAGCCUGGACAAUCUAAUGGCAAGAUCGUGCUCGUGGACGAGGAGGAUGGUAGCGUCGUCGGUGAGCUGACGGAUGGGUAUGAUAUUUUGGAGAAGCCAGGAGUUAAGCCGGGGUCAAAGAAUCCGGUGGAAAUCCAACUUCCAGCAGAAGGCGAGGGCAACAAGAUCACGGUCGACAAUGUCUCGGAAGAGUAUCUCCAAAUGGCGCGGCACCCGGCAUACAAAGACUCUAGACUUGUCCAGCAAUCGGCAGAGGUGUCUCGUCUGAUCGUCACGGGGUCAUCAUAUCUGGCCAACAUCCUGACAAGCGGCGCAGACAGCUUCACCAGGAAGACCAAACCAAACCCCAAACCGCUGACAUUUUCCGAGACGACACAUUCACGGAUGCGAAAGAUCGGUGACCUCUCACACAGCGCGGCGUCUUUCUCCUCCAAAACCGUCAAGGGCGCGACGGGGUACGCACAGAACCUCGGCGCGAUGCUAGCCCGGCACAAAGAUACGUCCAAGCGGACAGACCCAUCGGGCAAAGUAAUCGAGCAUAAUAAACCAGGCAUUCUGAACAAGUCACUGAUCGCCUUUUCGACCAUAGCGGACGGCAUUGAACAAGGGGCGCGGAAUGUGCUUCAGACCGGCUCUCUCGCUGCAACCACGAUGGUCGAGCACCGGUACGGAUCCGAGGCAGGCAGCGUCGCGAAGGACUUUGCAAGGGGGUUCACGAACGUCGGAUUGGUAUAUAUCGACGCCACUGGGGUUAACCGGAAGGCAUUCCUCAAAUCCGUGGCCAAGGGGAUGGUCGUGGGCCGGUUACGGAAUGGGAAGCGCGUCCUCGUCGGUAGCGGAGAUGGAGGCGGAGUUCCUCCUGACGCGGUACCGUCGUCCUCGUCACGGUCACCACAUCGAACACCACCUCCAGCGUACGGGAAACCGGGGACAUCCUUAAGCGAGCCGUUUAUGGCUGGCGGGAAGAACUCUAAACAGUGA